AUGACAACUUCGGUUAAACGUAAGAAAGUGACUGUAACAAUGGAACAAAAACUCCAAGCUUUAUUUCGUAUUGAUGCUGGUGAAUCAUUAACAAAAAUCGCGCAAGAGUUAGGAGUGGGUAAGCAAACCGUUUCGGAUUGGAAAAAAAAACGAAUAGAAAUUGAAAAUUUUUGUGCGAAAAUGGUGAGCGCGGACAGCUUAGGUAACAGACGCACAUUAAGAAAACCAAACAACGAAGCUUUAGACGAGGCUUUGUACAUUUGGUUUUGUCAACAACGUGAACAAGGAGUUCCGUUGUCGGGUGUUACAUUACAAGCUAUCGCGAUAAAAUUUAAUGAAAAAUUAAAAGGAGAUCCUACUUUUGCUGCUAGUGUAGGAUGGUUGUCUCGGUGGAAAUUGUAA